AUGAAUGAACCUAUUAUCUUUGUUACUGGUAAUUUGAACAAGUUGAAAGAAGUGAAUAGUAUUCUUGGCGGGAGCUACAACAUCACCAAUGAAGCGUUAGAUUUGGACGAAUUGCAAGAAACCGAUCUUGAGACGAUUGCGUUGCACAAGUUGGAACAAGCCAAGAAGUUAGUAGGUAGUGGCAAGCGUGUGUUUGUAGAAGACACAGCGUUGAUUUUUGAUGAGUUUAACGGUUUACCGGGAGCAUAUGUGAAAUGGUUUGUCAAGAGUCUUGGAUUAGCAAAGAUGGUUAGGUUGUUGGACCCUUUUAGUAAUAAGGGGGCCAGUGCGGUGACUACGAUCGCUUAUUACGAUGGUGACAAGAAUGUAGUAUUCCAAGGAAAGACACAAGGUGUUAUUGUGGAAAGCCGUGGUCCGACCGAUUUCGGAUGGGAUUCGAUCUUCGAGCCGGUGGAAGGCGAUGGCGAGACGUAUGCGGAAAUGAGCAAAGAAAAGAAAAACGGGCUGUCGCACCGUGGCAGGGCGUUUGGACAGAUGCGGGAAUAUCUAGGGGGCCCUGAAGGUGCAAGGGCGUGCAAAUAG